AUGCCAUUCACCAAGGGUACUAAGCGCGCCGCCCCGCGCGACUCGCGCAGCGAUUCCGAAGACGAGGUCAUCACCAAGUCCAACAAGAAGACGAAAACAGCUAAGACCGGCGGAAGCAAAGAUGGAGUUGACAAGGACGGCAACUCUUUCUGGGAUCUCUCCAAUAAGCGCCGCAUAGGCCUUUCCCAAUUCAAAAACACCACUUUUGUCAACAUCCGCGAGUUUUACGAAAAGGACGGCGACAUGCUACCGGGCAAGAAGGGCAUCUCCCUCACCGUACCCCAGUACGAGGCCCUCGUCAAGGCCAUGCCCGCCAUCAGCGAGAAGCUGCGCGCCAUGGGCCACGACGUCGAGGACGUUGAGGAGGACGGUGGCGCCUCCACUGCGAUCGAGGCCCCGAAGCCCGCGGCCAAGGAGAUGUCACGAGCCAAGAAGUCCAACAUCGAGGCCACCAGUGACGAGGAGUCGGAUUAG